ACCUCUGCCCCCGCCUCAACCCCACCUCAACCCCACCUCUUUCCCCUACUCUGCCGCUCCCCUCGCGUCUCCCCGAUAAUGUCACCGCCCUCCUGGUGCUGCCCGGGCAGGUCCCGGUGAGUCAGUGGGCAGGUCUCCCGCAGAAAAGCGAGCGGCCGAGGCGGCGCUGCGGGCAGAAGCUGGGUCAGCGUCGAGCGGAGCGCGGUACGGUCCUGCAGCAAGUUUGGGCACAGCAGCGAAUAGAUGGCAGAUUCUGUGGCUGCAGGUGCUGGGCCUGGAGAGGCAGUGCAGAUGGAGUCUGGUGGUGAGACAGUUGUCGUUGAAGAGAGUGAUCCUCGGGGGAGCACGGAGGAGACCCUGGUGUUCUUUGAUCUGGAAACCACAGGACUAGAAAAUAAUUGUGACAUGGUACAGCUGUCGGCAGUAAGCGGUGAGAAGAUCUUUGACAAGUACAUACUGCCCGUCAAGUCCAUCUCAGAAGGUGCAUCGGCUAUUAAUGGGUUUCAGGUCAUGGAUGGGGUGCUGUACCGGUUUGGGGAACCUCAAUCCACCAGCAGCCUCCAGGAAACCAUGGAAGCUUUCCUGCAGUUCCUGAAGGCUCUGGGCACCCCUUUGCUAAUAGGUCACAACAUCUGGAAGUUUGAUGCCCCUAUCCUAUUACGAGUCUUGGAAGAGCUGUCCAUGAAAGAUCAGUUUGCCAGUUGUAUAACCGGGUUCCUGGACACCCUCUGGCUCGCCAAGAGUGCUGUCCCCAGGUCAGAGGUUAAAAGCUAUAUGCAAACUGAAUUGGUGCAAGUAUUUCUCAAGAAAGGUUAUAAAGCUCACAAUGCUGUAGAAGAUGCAAAGAGUUUGCAGGAGCUGUAUUCUGUCCUUAAAUUUACUCCAGAACAGAAGAAAAGUAGUCAGUUUUCAAUCACUCAGCUUGAGUGCCAAGUGUCUCUGCAGCCCUUGCUCAAAGAAAAACUAAUUUUCUUUCAAUUAGCUGAUAAACUUGCAAUGCAGGGAGUUAGUCUCGAGAAGUUGCAGUCAGCGCACCAACAGGGUGGGAGUGAAGGACUGAAGAGUUUCCUCGAGUCUCUGGGACACACGGAGCGUAACUACAUUAGACUCUCAAAGUUUUUCAGUAAGUGAAGGGUGACGUAUCGCUGGUGGAACUCAACAACCAGAACCGAUGUUCCACUCGACAAGCACUGUUCUUUUCCCUGAAGCUACAACAUUUUCUACCGCUGUUUUUACCCCAUCGCUCUAGAUCUCUGCAUUGUUCAAACAAUUAAUAGUGCGUUUUUAUAAAUCUAAUGCAAAUUUAUCUUAUGAAGUCUUAAAUAAAUAUUUUUUAAUUU